AUGUUUAAAUCCCUCCUGAUAGGUUUCCUGUUUCCUGUUUUGAUGGAAGUCAAGAGGAUGCCAGUAGAAGAGGCUCUGUGCACUGGAAUUCCUUGUGUAUCUAGAUUUCCUAAAAAAUCCUCAGGCAAUUCCAUGCGGGCCAGCUUUCGGCUUGAUGAAAAUAUCAGCUUCUCUACAGCUGCAAAGAAAUCCAAGGCUACCACAGAUGGCAGCACCAAGGUCCUAUUCCGUGCAACCGGGAAUCUUGAGGAACAGUGCUGUACCCUGCUGAUCUAUGGCAUACCCAGAAGGAGCAGCAUGACAUACGGACUCUCUGCAGACCUAGGAGUACAAAACAGUGCUCUCCUCCCCGGGGAGAAUGCUGAACUCUCGGUGUCAGAUCUGACCCCAAAACCAGAGCUCAUUAUCCCAGAGAUGCUGGCAGCUGGAGAGCCCAGGGCAUUGGUCUGCACCAUCCAAGGAACCUGCCGAGAAAUCCAGGCCUUGUUACUUUCCUGGGAGGAUGCCACCACAUCCUCAAAUACCCCGGUCUCUGAUGACUUCUCUUCAAGGCUGCACUUCACCCUCAAGCCCCAGGCGCAGGGCCCCACCCUUCCAUGUCCCUUCAACUUCUCCCUGGAUAACUUGACCAGGAGUAGCACGCCCCCCAGGCUGCUCAGCUACUCUUGCUCCUUGGAGAAGGCCCUGCAGUGUGGCUGCUCCUUUCAUGGGGUCCCCACACCCUCAGUGCAGUGGUGGAUCGGAGGCACCCGUGUGGGCAGGAGGAGCAUGGGUGACCCCCUGCAGGUGACCUCCAGCACACUUGGCCCCUGGGCCAACAGCACCAUCUUCCUCAGGGGGAGCCCAGAGCUUGUCAUGAGACUCCGCUGCGAGGGGAAGAACCGAUAUGGGACCCACGAGGCCAGAAUCAUCCUGACAGCAGAUAAGACUUCACUUUUCAAGGUGUUCAGGAGAGGGCUGAUCCAGGGCAUCAUGUACGGAGCCAUUGCAUCUGCCUUGCUCCUCUUCCUCCUGGUC